UAAACGGGACAUGAGAAUACUAUAUCAGAAUAAUAACUAAAUGAAAAGAAAAGAAAUACGAUAGGAUAAAAAAAAAACAGGUUAGAAUUUGUAUAGAUUUAUACGUAAACGAAAAGAAAAAUCGGUAUGGGAGAAACAUCAACAGAGUUUAAUUAUUAUAAACUUUAAUAUAACAUAAAAAAAAAAAACAAUAUCAUGCACUCGUAAAUGUUAACAAUCAGUGUUUUCUGUGCAUGUAAGGUGUGAGUGAAAUUAGCUGAUCAUCUUAUAUCGGUUUCUACUUUUCUAACGUCGGUCUUUGAAAUUCCAUUCCAUAUAGAAGUUUUUUUAUAUCUAAUGUUUCAUGACUCAGUACUGUAUCCAUUCAUAGAUGUUCAGUAUCGAUUUGAGAUUUUAAUUUGUUAAUCAAAAAUAUUCGUUCCACGAAUAGAAAUCCUUGGCUUGAGUUUCUAACGAUUGUCGUUUGGUGUUAUCUUUUAAUUUUCGAAUGAUUAUCAACAAGAUUUAUGUUAAAUGAAGCUUAUAAAUCGUUUUUUUCAUAUGAGAAUGUUUAGUUAUAUAUGAUACAAUAAGAAAAAAGUAUUAUGACACGUGUUAAUUUUAUGAUUUCGUUAAUUACGCAUACAGAAAAAAAUAAAUCAUGUUAUCUUAAAUUGUUUUCGAUGCAUAGAAAAUUUUACUUAACCAUGAAUUUCUUGCAUCCACGAAAUAUCAAUAUGAAAAAAACAAAACAAAAAAAUGACAAAAAAGAAAUAGAUGAUAACAAUGUAUUAUCGACAAUGAUAAGAAAUGGAAAUCUAAACAAUUUGAAUAUAAAAGAUUAUCUAAGCAUUAUUAAUCCACAAUAUAAUGAAAUUUGUCCAAAAAAAUAUCUGAGAAAAGUUGAUAAAACAGAUUUAUCAUAUUUAGUUACAGAAAAGGAUGGUAAAAAUUUUGUUAAUCUGAUAAUCGAUGAUCUUUCCAAAAAUAUGACUUUUGUAGCUGAAGCUAAUCCUGGAACAGGUGAAUUGACAAAAAAUUUAUUAAAAGCUGGUAUUAGAAAUGUAUACGUAUACGAACCAAACGAAUGUUUUCUCCCUGUAUUAUAUAAAUUGCAAGAUAAAUAUCCUAAUAGAUUUGAAAUAAGAAAUGGAAAUAUAUUUCAAAUGAGCAAAUUGUAUUUCAUGGAUCUGCAGGAUAACAAGCAAAGAAUAAAUGAAAUAUUAAAAGAUGUACCGUAUACAUCUUGGGAAGAUAAAUCUUGUAUGCAAGUUAUAGGAACAAUGACGGAUAACUUGUUUUUAAAACAUUUAAUAUGGUCUGUAGUAUUUCGAACCAGCUUUAUGUCACGAGGAAGAACAUCUUUUUAUCUUGCAAUAAAACCAUCAGUAUGGAAUACAUUAAAUUAUCCUCAAAAUAAAGCUCGAAUGCAUUUUUUUUAUAUUAUGUAUCAAACAUUAUUCGAUUGUAAAGAUCUAGGUAAUGUAGAAAGAUUAUCAUAUAUACCAUGGCCAAAACCCUCAUUGAAACGAAACUCAAAAAUUAAUGAUAACACAUUCUUAAAUGUUGUGAAAAUAGAACCAAAACCAUAUCUUCUUAAUAAUGAACUGAAACCAAACCAAAUAAUAUCUUAUUGGUAUUUUGUAAAAUACCAUCUUAAAUCAACUAGUCAAAGAGUAAUACCUGAAUUAGAAAAAUGGAUACCAGGAUGUGGAAUAAGAUUAAUAGAAAAGAACUACAAUAUAUUUACACGUUUUGUAGAUUUAACGCCUCUUGAAUUUUUAAAACUCUAUAAAGAUUUCACAUCAUGGCCAGAAUAUGAAAGUAGUCUUUUUUUAUCCAGUGCAUAUAGCUACAUACAAAUCGUGAAUCGAAACGUAGGAUCCGACGAUGUAUUAAAUCUUAAAAAUGAAAAUAUUUCAAAUAAGUGAUUAUUAUAUUUUAUAGAUUUUCAUUGUUUAUACUAAUUUAAAUAAAAAUUAAAUGUUAUAAAAAGUAUAUAUGUAUAUAUUGAUAUAGUACAUAGUUGUAAAUAAAUAUCAGUAUUUAAGUAAUGCUAUUAUAUAUUAAUACAAUUUACGAUUCUU